AUGGCCAUGGAGAUCACUCAGUGUCUAUUAUCAGCUCAAUCAGCUGAUGCAAGAGUUCGUAAUGAAGCAGAAUAUAAUCUGAGUCAAUUUCACGAGCAAAACCUCCCUGCUUUCCUUCUGUCUUUGUCGGUUGAGCUAGCAAACGAUGAAAAGCCAAUUGAAUCCCGAACGUUGGCUGGUAUUGUUCUUAAGAACUUACUAGAUGCCAAAGAUCCUGCAACAAAGAAACAUCUUGCUCAGAAAUGGAUGGCUAUUGAUAUUGCAUUCAAAUCCCAAAUCAAGAGCUGGCUCUUACAGACACUUGGGUCAGCUGUGCCAGAGGCAAGGCACACCUCUGCCCAAGUUGUUGCCAAAGUUGCUUCUAUUGAUGUACCCCAGAAACAGUGGCCUGAGCUAAUUGGACAUUUGCUUAAUAACAUGACUCAGCAAGAUAGUACUGUUGGUUUGAAACAGUCAACUUUGAAAACUCUUGGUUAUGUCUGCGAGGAAAUAUCGGUAUCUGAUCUUCAGCAAGACGAGGUAAACUUUGUGCUUACAGCUGUAAUUCGAGGAAUGGAACUUGCUGAAAACAGUUCUGAAGUCCGUCUUGCUGCAACAAGGACAUUAUUUAAUGCCUUGGAGUUUGCUCAGAAAAACUUUGAAAAUGAGAAGGAUCAAACUUACAUCAUGAAGAUAAUCUGUCAGACCGCCUUGUCUAAAGAGGUCAAUGUUAGGCAGGCUGCUUUUGAGUGCCUCACUUCAAUUGCUUCUACUUACUAUUCUGUGCUUGGGACUUACAUGCAGGCUCUCUUUGAGCUUACAUCAAAUGCAAUAAAAGGGGAUGUAGAACCUGUUUCCCUCCAAGCAAUUGAGUUUUGGAGCUCCAUUUGUGAAAAAGAAAUAGAGUUGCAAAAGUAUAAGACAGUUGAGUGGAAUCAUUGGGACUCUUCACCGGAAUUUGCGCCUCAUUCACGUUUAAUAGAAAACUCUCGGAUUUCUAUAGUACCACUAUUGCUAGACACUUUGCUGAUGCAGGAAGAAAAUGUAAGCCAGGAUGACAACUUCUGGAAUAUCUCAAUGGCUGGUAAGAAAUGCCUAGAACUUGUUUCCCAAACUGUUGGUGUUCUCAUUCUACCCCUUGUGGUUCCAUUUGUGGUGGCUAACAGACCGAAACCAGAUUGGCAUUGUCGGGAGGCAGCAGUUUCUGCACUUGGUGCAAUUAUUAAAGGCUCAACCGUUUCUCAGGAUGCUGGGGACUUAUUAAAAUACAAUGAGCUGGCCUUUCAACUUAUAGAUGACUUGGUUUUGUUAAUGAAUGAUGAAAGCAGCGAAGUCAAAGAAACUACUGCAUGGACUCUUAGUCUUAUAUUUGAAUUUGUGCAUAGCCCUGUUGGUGAAAUUGCAGGGAUCACUUCUGAUAAUCUUCCAGGAGUGGUAGAUGUAUUGGUAAAAAGCCUUAAGGAUUCUCCAAAUGUUGCAACUAAGGUGUGUCGGGCGAUUUAUACACUUGCUGAGGGCUACGAGGAUGCUGAAAUACACUCAUCUUUUUUUCUGCCUUAUAUCCCUAGGUUCAUUGAAUGUCUUCUUUUUGCUGCUAGUCGUGCAGAUGUGGAUGAUUCAGAAUUGAGAUCUGCUGCAUAUGAAUCAGUAAAAGAGGUAGUGAGGUGUUCCAGCAUUACACAAUCAUCGCAGAUUAUCAGAGAACUACUGCCAGUGAUUAUGCAGAUGUUGAGUCAGACUUUAGAGCUUCAGAUCGUGUCAUUAGAUGACAAGGUGAAUCAAGCAGACCUGCAGGCUUCUCUUUGUGGUAUCCUCCAGGUUAUUAUCGAGAAAGUUAGCAGUGCUGAAGAUUUAGAAACUAGGUCCAUUAUAUUGACACAGGCUGACCAGAUAAUGUUUUUGUUUCUUAAUGUCCUUGCUUGCCGAAGUUCUACAGUGCAUGAGGAAACAAUGCUUGCUAUUGGUGCCCUUGCUCAUGCUACUGGCUCUGAGUUUGGCAAGUACCUUCCUGAAUUAUAUAAGUACUUGGAGAUGGGCUUAAAAAAUUUCAAGGAGUAUCAAGCCUGUUCUGUCACAGUUGGUGUACUUAGCGACAUUGUUCAUGUCUUGAAUUACAAGGUAGUACCAUACUGUGACCGGAUUAUGCAUAUUCUAUUGAUAAAUCUUUCUAGUGAAGCACUUGACCGGUCUGUCAAGCCUCCAAUAUUAUCUCUCAUUGGCGACAUAGCUCUCUCAGUAGGGGAAUGUUUUCAGAAUUAUGUUUCUUCUGCAGUGCCAAUGAUGCAGAGAGCUGCAGAGCUAUGUGCUCAGAUGGAUUCCAAUGAUGAUGAGUUAUUGGAGUAUGCCAGGCAGCUCAAGUGUAGCAUCUUUGAAGCUUAUUCUGGUAUACUUCGGGGCACCAAGAAGUCUAAGAUCAUGAUGCCAUAUGCCCAAUUUCUCUAUGAGUUCAUAGGAUUUGUUCUGAAGGAGAAAGACAGGCAUAUCGUUUUUAGAAAAGCUUUAGCUGCUGUGAUGGAUGACCUUGCAGAUUUGCUUGGUACAAACACAAAGACGCUAUUUGGAGACCUUGCUGCUAGUGUUACAUAUGGUGGUGCGCGUCUUCGAUCUAAUGGUGAUAACCUGAAGUGA